GAGGGGGGAAUUAAGAGAGGGGAAGGCUUGCAGUUCCUUAUUGCCGCCCCCCCACCUUCUCCGAGGCUGACAGCCAGGGGGUUGGCGUUGGCCCACUGAGAAGAGAAGUUAAGAUUCUCGGCUGCCCCCCAGAUCCGAGCCAAGGUUGCUGACGGGCAAGGCGCGGGAGCGAUGGGGCUGAGGAGAAGGCAAAGUUAGGAGUUUGCGUGUGCGUGUGAAUCUGCCUCUUACAAGAUUUUGGAACUGUCCCAUUCCCAGCAGCGCACCUGGAAGUGGAAUCUCGAAAGGGAGUCUUUGUGUCUCUCUACAAACCAUUCGCAGUGCCCAGAUCAACCUCCUUCGCCAGCCCAUCUUGUGCUCCCUCCACAGGGCCUUUUCAUGCUAACUAAAACAAGAACAGCAGCCAAACGCCCAGAACUAUGACAUCGGCCACUGAUUUUGAUCACUUGGAGAUUCAGCAGCAGUACAGUCGGAUCAACGCUCGCUGGGACGCAUCUGACGAUGAGCUGGACAAUGACAACAGUUCUGCUAGGCUGUUUGAGAGAUCUCGGAUUAAAGCUCUGGCAGAUGAGCGGGAAGCUGUGCAGAAGAAAACCUUCACCAAAUGGGUGAAUUCCCACCUGGCACGUGUGACCUGUCGCAUUUCUGAUCUCUACAUGGACCUCAGAGAUGGAAGGAUGUUAAUCAAACUGCUGGAGGUUCUUUCUGGAGAGCUGCUGCCCAAACCCACUAAGGGGCGCAUGCGGAUCCACUGCCUGGAGAAUGUGGACAAGGCCCUGCAGUUUCUCAAGGAGCAACGGGUACACCUGGAGAACAUGGGCUCUCACGACAUUGUUGAUGGCAAUCACCGUCUGGUGCUGGGCCUUAUCUGGACAAUCAUCCUGCGCUUCCAGAUCCAGGACAUCAUUGUUCAGACUCAAGAAGGCCGGGAAACCCGUUCCGCGAAGGAUGCAUUGUUACUCUGGUGUCAAAUGAAAACUGCUGGCUAUCCCCAUGUUAACGUCACCAAUUUUACAUCCAGCUGGAAGGAUGGCUUGGCAUUCAAUGCCCUUAUUCACAAGCACAGGCCUGACUUGAUUGACUUUGAAAAGCUGAAGCACUCGAACGCCAGGCACAACUUGGAGCAUGCUUUCAUUGUGGCGGAACGGCAACUUGGCAUCACCCAGCUUCUUGACCCAGAAGAUGUCUUCACAGAGAACCCGGAUGAGAAAUCCAUCAUCACCUACGUAGUUGCUUUCUACCACUACUUCUCCAAGAUGAAGGUGCUUGCUGUGGAGGGGAAGAGAGUUGGAAAGGUAAUGGACCAUGCAAUGGAGACUGAGAAAAUGAUCGAUAAAUACAGUGGACUGGCUUCAGACCUGCUGACGUGGAUAGAACAGACCAUUACCAUUCUCAACAGCCGCAAGUUUGCUAAUUCUCUGGCAGGCGUGCAGCAGCAGCUCCAGUCCUUCAGUACAUACCGCACAGUGGAAAAACCGCCCAAGUUUCAGGAGAAGGGGAACCUGGAAGUCCUGCUGUUUACCAUCCAGUCAAGAAUGCGAGCCAAUAAUCAGAAAGUGUAUACGCCUCACGAAGGAAAAUUAGUGUCUGACAUCAACAGGGCCUGGGAGAAGCUGGAGAAGGCGGAGCAUGAACGGGAGCUGGCGCUGAGAAACGAGCUUAUUAGGCAGGAGAAGCUGGAGCAGCUCGCCCGGCGCUUUGAUCGCAAGGCAGCAAUGCGGGAGACGUGGCUUAAUGAAAACCAGCGCCUUGUUGCACAGGAUAACUUUGGAAAUGACUUGCCAGCUGUGGAGGCAGCAAAGAAGAAGCACGAAGCUAUUGAAACUGAUACAGCAGCCUACAAGGAACGGGUCCAGGCCAUAGAGGAGGUGGCCAAGGAACUGGAGAUGGAGAAUUACCAUGACAUCAAGCGCAUCAAUGCUCGCAAGGACAACAUCCUGCGGCUCUGGGAGUACCUGCUGGAGUUGCUGCAGGCCCGGCGGCGGCGGCUAGAGAUGAACCUUAAGCUCCAGCAGCUGUUCCAAGACAUGCUGCACAGUAUUGACUGGAUAGAUGAGAUGAAAGCUAAACUCCUGUCUCCUGAAUUUGGGAAGCACCUGUUGGAAGUGGAAUACCUUCUUCAGAAGCAUAAACUGAUGGAGGCGGACAUGGUCAUCCAGGCUGAGAAGGUUCGUGAUGUCAGUGCAGCUGCCCUUAGAUUUGCCAACGGAGAUGGUUAUCGGCCUUGUGACCCAAAGGUGAUACAGGAUCGGGUGAACCACCUGCAGCUGUGCCAUCGAGAGCUGAUGGCUUUGGCUGCGGAAAGAAAAGCUCGCCUGGAGCAGUCCAAGCGCCUUUGGAAAUUCUUUUGGGAACUGGAUGAAGCUGAAAGCUGGAUCAAAGAGAAAGAUCAGAUCUAUUCCUCCCUGGAUUAUGGGAAAGACCUGACCAGCGUUCUCAUCUUGCAGAGGAAACACAAGGCUUUUGAGGAUGAGCUGCGCGUUCAGGAAACCCACCUGCAGCACACCAUCAAAGAGGGAGAAGCUAUGGUUGCUCAGAAUCAUUUUGGUGCACUUAAAAUCCGCAGAAGGAUUGAGGAAGUGAAAGCCCUCUGGGCCCAGCUGCAGGAACUGGCAGCUUUCCACAAGAAAAACUUGCAGGAUGCUGAGAGCUUCUUCCAGUUCCAGGUUGAUGCGGAUGACUUGAUGGCCUGGCUGCAAGAUGCCCAUCGUCUGGUGUCGAGUGAGGAUGUGGGGCAUGAUGAAUAUUCCACUCUAGCCCUUGUUAAAAAACACAGGGACCUUUUAGAUGAUGUAGCAGACAACAAGAGAGUCAUGUACAACCUGAACAGGCAAGCACAGAACUUCCCCACGGAGUUUCGGGAUGAUCCAGGAUUUGAGAACAGACUGAAGGCCAUCCAGGCAAUGUACAAUGAAGUUGUGUCCCUAGCAGAUCUGCGUAGGCAGAAGCUGCAGGAUGCCUUGGAUCUCUACAAAGUUUUCAGUGAGACAGAUGCAUGUGAACUUUGGAUGAGUGAGAAGGAGAAGUGGUUGGAACAAAUGGAGAUUCCUGAUACCUUGGAGGACCUGGAUGUUGUGCAACACAGGUUUGAUAUUCUGGAGCAAGAAAUGAACAACCUGGCUUCUCAGAUUGAAGGGGUCAAUCAAGCUGCCUUUGGACUAAUAGAAAGUGGGCAUCCACGCAGUGUGAGUGUGAGGCAGUGUCAGCAGCGUCUGAAUGCCAGAUGGAAAGUCUUCCAGGAGAUGGUAGCUCAGAGGCGGAAAGCUGUGGACUUUGCCCUUAGCCUCCACAAUUACUGUGUGGAUUGCGAGGAGACAAGGAAAUGGAUCCUGGAAAAAACCAGUGUCAUCGAAUCUACGCAGGACCUUGGCAAAAACCUGGCAGGCAUGAUUGCCAUGCAGAGGAAGUUAUAUGGCAUUGAGCGUGACCUAGCAGCUAUCCAAGCUCGGCUUGCAUCCCUGCAGCAGGAAGCACACCGGUUAGCUGAAGAGCACCCUGACCUAGCUGACGACAUCUACAGUCGACUGACAGCUGUCACUGGAGUCUGGCUGGACCUGCAGAAUACGUUGCAGAGCCAGGAGGCCUCUCUUGGAGAAGCCAGCAAGCUGCACAAAUUCUUGCAGGACUUAGAUGACUUCCAGGCAUGGCUCUUCAAGGCCCAAAAAGCUGUUGCUUCAGAAGAGGUGCCCAACUCACUGGUAGAAGCUGAGCACCUCCUGCAGCAGCAUGCUGCCAUUAAGGAAGAAAUUGAUCAACACAAGGAUGAUUACCACAGUGUCAAGCAGAUAGGAGACAGAGUGACCCAAGGACAGACAGAUGUUGAGUAUCAGCAGCUAGAGCAGCGGCUUCAGGGCAUGGAUACAGGCUGGAAUGCCUUAUGUAAAAUGUGGGAUAGCAGGGAGAAAUUCCUCAACAAGUGUCUUGGCUUCCAGGAAUUUCUUAAAGAUGCAAAGCAAGUGGAAAUCAUUCUUACUAAUCAGGAAUACACUCUGGCUCACAUCGAGCCCCCAGACACCUUGGAAGCAUCAGAGGCUGCUAUCCGAAAAUUUGAAGAUUUCCUUGCUACUAUGGAAGCAAACGAGGAAAAAAUUACUGGGCUGGUGGCCAGUGGGAACAAGCUGGUGGCUGAAGGAAAUAUUUACUCUGAUAAAAUCAAGGAGAAAGUGCAGCUGAUUCAAGAGAGGUACAAUAGAAACACUGCAAAAUCUCAAGAGGCCUUGGUGCUGCUGAAGGACAAUCAUGAGCUGCGGAACUUCCUACAGAAUUGCCAGGAGCUUACUAUCUGGAUUGAUGAGAAGAUGCUCACAGCGCAAGACAUAUCCUAUGACGAAGCCCGGAACCUGCACAGCAAAUGGUUGAAGCACCAGUCUUUCAUGGCAGAACUUGCUUCUAACCAAGGAUGGCUAGAGAAUGUAGAUGAGGAAGGGCAGAAGCUAGCAGAGCAGAAGCCCCAGUAUGAACACAUUGUUUGCCAGAGGCUAGUGGAGCUGCACCAGCUUUGGGACAAGCUGCAAGCAACCACAGAUGAGAAGGCUCAGCACCUGUUUGAUGCCAACCGCUCUGACCUUUAUGCACAGAGUUGUGCUGACCUUGAUGCAUGGAUUAGUGAGAUGGAGGAGCAGCUGAAAUCUGAUGCCCAAGGGAAAGAUCUCACCAGUGUCAACAUCCUACUGAAGAACCUGAAACGACUAGAUGAGCAAGUAAGUGUGAGGAAGAAAGAGAUGGAAGACUUGCUGUCUCAUGCCUCUUCAACCAGCGGAGACCUGCAUGAAGCAGAUGGCAAGCAUGAGAUCAUUGAGAGAAGGUUCCAGGAUCUUCUGCAGCCAUUGGAUAAGAGGAGGAAGGAGCUGGAGACAACCAAGGCUCGAUACCAGUUGGACCGGGAUCUGGAAGAUGAACUGCUUUGGGUACAAGAGCGAUUGCCCCUUGCUCAGUCCACUGACCAUGGCACAAACCUCCUGUCAGUACAGAUGCUUACGAAGAAAAUGCAGACACUGCAGAAAGAAAUUGCUGGCCAUGCCCCACGCAUUGAGGACGUCCUUUUCAGAGGGGAGGCCAUGCUGGCUGGAGCGGAGGGGGAUGGAGACUUCCGGGAUACCGAAGAGCGCCUGAAUCAGCUGAGGGAUUCCUGGAGCACUUUGCAAGAGGAAACGUCAAAGAGGUUGCAGCGCCUGGAAGAAGCAAGUGAGGCUCAGCGAUAUUACUUGGAUGCUGGUGAAGCAGAGGCCUGGAUAAGUGAGCAGGAGCUCUAUAUGGGGACUGAUGAGAAGCCAAAGGAUGAAGAGAGUGGCAUUGUGAUGCUGAAGAGACUCCUUCGCCAGCAGCGGUCCAUAGAAGAGUACGGGAAAAACAUCAAGCAGCUGGCUAGCUGGGCUCAGAAGCUGCUCUCUGCUGGACACCCGGAAGGGGAGGAGAUAAUCCGGCUGCAGGGGCAAGUAGACAAGCAGUAUGCAGGCUUGAAAGACCAGUCUGAGGAGCGCAGGCGUAAGCUGGAGCACAUGUGCCACUUCUUCAAGCUGAAGCGAGAAGUUGAUGACCUGGAGCAGUGGAUCGCAGAGAGAGAUGUAGUGGCAUCAUCCCCAGAGAUGGGCCAAGACCUCGACCAUGUCACUCUACUGCGAGAUAAGUUCCGUGACUUCACCCGGGAAACAGGAAACAUCGGGCAGGAGCGGGUGGACGGUGUCAAUCUCAUAAUUGAGCAGCUGAUUGAUGCUGGCCACCCGGAAGCUGCCACGAUUGCGGAGUUGAAGGACAGUCUGAAUGAGAGCUGGGCUGACUUGUUAGAGUUGAUUGAUACCAGGAUACAGCUGCUGGCUGCCUCCUAUGAACUGCACAAGUUCUUCUAUGAUGGCGGUGAGAUCCUGGUUCUCAUUGAGGAGAAGCACAAGGAGUUGCCGGAGGAGUUGGGCCGGGACGUCAACACAGCAGAAUCUUUCCACAGGAUGCACACAGCGUUUGAGCGAGACAUCCACUUGUUGGGACAGCAGGUUCAGCAUUUCCAGGAGGUGGCGGUACGCCUGCAGGCAGCCUAUGCUGGGGAAAGGGCCGUCGCUAUUCAGAAGCAAGGGCAAGAGGUGGUGAAGGCCUGGAAGGCCCUGCUGACUGCCUGCGAGGGGCGGCGGGCUCAGCUGGUUGACACGGCAGAGAAGUUCCGCUUCUUCAGCAUGGUCCGGGACCUCAUAUCUUGGAUGGAGAGUGUGAUCCGGCAGAUUGAAACACAGGAGAAGCCCAGGGAUGUUUCGUCUGUGGAGCUUCUGAUGAAACACCACCAGGGCAUAAAGUCCGAGAUAGACACCAGGCAGAAAAGCUUCACCACUUGCUUUGAUCUUGGCAAAGCCCUGCUGCAGCGCAGGCACCAUGCUGCAGAUGAGAUAAAAGAAAAACUGAUGCAGCUGGCAGAGAAGAGGAGGGAGAUGGUGGAGAAGUGGGACAGGCGUUGGGACUGGCUUCGCUUGUUGCUUGAGGUGUGCCAGUUUUCCAGGGAUGCCUCAGUGGCCGAGGCGUGGCUCAUUGCCCAGGAGCCCUAUCUCUCCAGUGGUGAUUACGGGCAAACUGUGGAUGCUGUGGAGAAGCUACUGAAAAGACACGAAGCCUUUGAGAAAUCCACAGCCACGUGGGAAGAACGUUUUGCUGCCUUGGAGCGUCUGACCACACUUGAAUUACUAAGGAAUAGAACGAUUCCAGAAGACCUUUCUCAGCACAAAGUGGCUAGGACCACAGACCUGGAGUUUGACUUUGAGACAGAGCCAGAAACUGAGAUGGGGCCUGAAGAAGAGAGGGAGAAGAAGGAGGAGUUAAGUUUAGAAGAUGCCAUUUCUCCUGAUGCAGAAGACUCAUCACUGAUGCAAGAAAAUGAGAAACCACAUCACGAAUUGGUUUCAGAAGAGCUGCCCGAGGAAAAACUGCCUGAGAUGGAGAUCAGAGUGGUUGGUGAGGAAACUUCCACAAAGGAAUCCCUUUUCAAAGUGGUCCAGACCCCUGUGAGCGAGAUCGAUGAGACAGCCACCCUUCCUGCACAGCUGGAUAGAUCUCACAGCGUACAACUUGAGGGCUACCUAGGACGGAAGCACGAUAUAGAGGCACCUAACAAGAGGGCUUCCAACAGGUCCUGGAAUACGUUAUACUGUGUGCUCAGAAACAGUGAGCUGACUUUCUUUAAGGAUGCCAAAAGUUUGGCUUUGGGUGUGCCUUACCAUGGAGAGGAGCCUUUCCGGCUGAAGAAUGCCUUCUGUGAAGUAGCUGCUGGUUACAAGAAGAAAAAACACGUCUUCAAGUUGAGACUCAGCAAUGGGAGUGAAUGGCUCUUCCAUGGCAAAGAUGAGGAUGAGAUGCACACCUGGCUUCAGGGCUUCAGCACAGCAAUAAUCGAAUCCCAAAGCAUUAAAACCAAGGCCCAAAGCCUGCCUCUGCCUUCCAUCACUACCAUGGACGUGAGUCUGACCAAGAAAGACAAAGAGAAGAGAUUCAGCUUCUUUCCCAAAAAGAAAUAGCUAGACAGGUGGCUUGGUCCAGCCAGAUGCCUAUGUUCUAAUGUGCAUAAUGGGGGGGAAACCUGCAUGUCCGAGUGUCCCUGGGCACUCCUGGCACCACUCAAAACACUGUUCUCAUCUCCACAACACAGCCCUGCUUCUCAUUUCCCACCACAUCUCCAUCUCUCUCCCCCACACAACCCAGGGCAUCAAGCCAGUGUUUCAGGUAACAAGGCAACAUCCCUGCUGCAAGCAGAGCUGCAAGGUGUGUGUCCUUGGUUGGUUCAUUGGGAAUGCAGAGUUCAGCAAGGCUGACCUUGUGCGUGAUCAUGCUUUGUACACCUGUGAACAAAGAACUGCUUCAGGGGAGAAAACAGUGUGUCGAUUUCAGGGGCUUUUUAUGGAAAAAAGGAGUGAAGCAGGAACCUAGCCCACCCCAAAAGAGAACUGAAUGAAAACCAUGAUGGCUCUGGAGCAAUUCUGCUUAUCUCGGAGUUUGGGGAAAAUAUGACCUCAGCUCAUUGCCAAAAGCCCUGGUUCCCAGAAGCUGCUUUCCCAAAUCGUCUGUUGGAAUAGAACCGUCAUGUGGAAUUUCACCGUCAUCUAUAGCACAGGCACACCAUGCAUCAAGAUCCAACCCUCAUGCUGGAAGUCAGUUUUCUCUUUUCAGCAGGUCUGAUGCUCUUCUUUGCAGGGGCAUCUGUGACGUACGCACACACGCAUGCACAAUACCGUGUCACAAAGCACAGAACUUUCUCACCAAAAGGUUCCACCCAGAGUCCACUGCGUUGGUGGCGGAAUCCUUGCUCGAUUAUAAAUGAAUCAGGGUUGCAACCAAAGAGGAGAGCAUGACCCAUGUUCAGACUUCUGCACUAAAUUGGUUAGAAUGGAGAUGUGUUAGAAAUGUGUGUGUGUGUUUGUGAAAAAGAGAGGAAGUUUGCUCACCCGCUGCAAGCACUAGGAAUACAACGAAGCUGAAGUUAGUUGCAGCUACGCCCCACUGAGAAGCAGCCUGUUGGGUUUCAGUGGACUUUAGCCACCAUUAACUUUUGCUGAAUUGUGCCCCACAUUACUUAAUGAGGUUUUUAUCAGCCCCACUAUAUUUAUGCCAGGGUUAACUUUGUGACUAGGCUGAAUCCAGGUGCCCUCCCCUCCCCUGAGCUUUCUGUAAACAUCUGUUCUGUGUUGGCUCAGCUCUCCAGAAGCAAAUGGCUCCUCUCUUAUCCCUCCAAGGAUGCGUUGUGCCCAAGCAUGGCCUUUGGUAAUCCACUGCACUGCUUACACUUCUGUAGAAUGGAGUGUGGCUUUCUCAGUUACUGUAAAUGCAGUCUUAAUCCCAACUGCUCCCUUCUGCAGAGACCUCUGCCUGUGAUGUGUGGGUGUCUGAAUGGCUGUUUAAAAUAUAUACAGGCACAUCUAGCUCUGACCUUAUGAUAAAGUUCACACGCCCCUUAUCCAAGGAAGGAAUUCAUCAUCCCCCCUCCCAAAGACAGAUGGCUGCUCAGCUUAUUUGCUCUUUUGGAACAUAUUGCUGGAGAGCUAAUUGCUUUUGACAUUGAGUGGAGCCUGGAGAUUGCCUUUCCUGCAAUGGCCUCUUUGCAGCGAUAGUAAUACUAAGGAUUCUGAAAACAGCAGGCUCCCAUUCUUCAGUUGUCUUUUGAGCACCCCACCCCUAGGGCUCAUUGCAAUUUCUAAAUCAUGUUUUCUUUGUGGGUGCCAUAUACCAUACAAAAAGUGCCUUAACCUAGGGGCAUCCCAUUAUCAUCACUCCAGGAGUGCGCAGGCUCUGUAAACACCAUGAACAGAUUGGUUUGGAUUCUCCUCGCUCGAAAAGGAAGCUAUGAAACUGUCUCUUUAAGCAAAAGAGAUGGGGAUCCGGGGGGGGGGGGCUGUCUUUGCCUCACACCCACAGCUGUGGGAAAAAGCAGGGCUUGGCUUGACACUUACUGUCAUGGAUCCAGGCACCAACAGCUGAGGCUUGAGGUUUUUCCACAUGUUACCUUUUGUCAAGUCUCAAAAGUGUUAAAUUUUUCCAGAUCUCCUGGGCUGUAAUGGGUAGCUGACAAUCGGCUGCCUCACUAUUGUGAUGAGCAGAGCAGAUUCUUCCACAAUGCUACAUUCGAAAAGCCAAUACAUCUAAAUGGUUUUGAAUUAUAGUGUUCCGGGUUGUGGAGUCUGGUAGCAUUAACCCCACUGAACAUUACCAGUGCAGUUAUACGACAGCUUAGCUGCCAGUCUUCUCCUUUCUGCCAUUAUAAAACAUCACUGCCAUAAAAGAUGAUCUUCCCCCUUUUAUGUUCAGAGUAGGAUGCACACCUAGGUGACUGCUGAACAGCAGGUUGUACCACAACCCACAUAUUGCAAAAUUGGAUUUUUAAAUAUGAAAUUAAUCAGUAGGUGCAGGGAUGAUUGCAAGGGGAGGUGGAGAAGAAAGUUGAAAAGCAGAGCAGGCAGCCUUACUAAUUAAGCAUCCCUCAAUGAUGCUGGUAACUGGUGCCAAUUGGGGGCUGAUAGGGCAAAAGGCAAGGAGACCUGCAGUAGGCUUAGCUAGAGCCAACUAAAUCUGGUUUUGCCACUGUGUUCUACAAGUGCAACACCAAGACUGAGGAGCAGUGCCACACUCUUGAUUGGUUCUAAGUGGAAAGGCCAUGAGAGCCCCAUUAGUUCUAAUGGAGAAGCUUCCACUGCUUCCAUAAGCCUUUCUUGCUUCCAGAGGAAGAGCAAGCAGCGCCCGUAAAGACCCUCAGUCAGAGCAGUCAACCCACUAAUACUUCUCUGUUGCUGCACAGUUUGGACACUAGUCAGUGAUAUAGCAUGCUAUUACAACAAAGACUUAAAUAUUGUGGAUAAUUUGCCACAGCACUGAUAUUCAAGGCAUGCAGCCCUAGCCUGUGCAGAUAAAGCUCACUGAAAGCAGUUAGCUUAGGCACAUGUGAAACAAGGCCUAUUUAAGCAGAAUUCCUUUAUGCUCCAUUUCAAGGCUAAAACAUGGAAGGAUUCUCUCCACCAGGGUACUGAUGGUUAUUGCUAGGGAGACCUCAAAGGUGCAAAAGGGAGAGGGAACUCUUCUCUAGCAAAAACAGUGGGCACUCUUAGGAACAAGAGCCCCCAGCCUGCCUGGAAUCGGCAUUCUUCUGGUGACCUUGCAAAGCCGUGCUGAAAACCUGCGGGCUGCUUAUCGUCAGCCUGUUCAUUGGUGCCCAGACGACGAUGCCAGCACUGGGGAAGAGCAGUGCGUCUUUGAGCACAUGCAGAGAGGUCCCGUCCCCCCUGCCUGCCUGCCUCCCUGCUUGCAGCUGAGCAGUACUGGCACCUUUUUUUCUAGAAAAGAAAGCACUGCCUGCCAUACUUACAAUCUGAAUGCCCCCAAAGUGGUAUUUUCCCCACUCUUCCAGUCCAUGCUUAUAGGGGAGAGAUAUACUUUAUCAGCCUGCUGAAGUGAGCACAGAAUGGCUCAACUAAGAAAAGGGGGAAAAAGCAGGAUGUUUUGACUUCAUUGUGGGAUUUAAAAAAAAUAAAAUCUUAUGUGAGGCAGCUCUGUCUAGGAGAGGCACCAGGCAAGGAAUAGUAGGGAUCCUGCAAGUUUAGGGUGACCAUUUUCUUUUAGACAACAAAGCACAUGAGAAUUAGGAGGAGCCGAUUCUCCAGCAAAUGCCACCAGGAAGAGAAAUAUUUACUAAACAUGCUACCCGACUGCAAUUGUACAACAAAUAUACCUUUGGGACCUCAUAAGCAUUCUGGCUUUAGCAAGCUCAGCCAUCCCUUCCCUUCCUGGAGGAUAUUUUCACCUGUCAACUCCUGAGUUUCAGGUAUGGUAAAAUGCUCCUUUUCAGGAAGCUGAAAACACACAAAGCUAGGCUGCAAUGUUAUUUGAGACUAUUCCUGCUGUAUGACCACUGCCCUAUACUAGGCUAUGUGCUAAAUAAGGAAGUUGCUUCAGACCUUAUGUGUACUUGUUCUGCUCCCCCGUUUCUUUAACCUUUUGCUUGUGCACAGCACCAUAAGCUGUGCUCCCAGACCUCUGUUUGGUUUCAGCUUGGCACGUUUCGAGUGCAGUCGUUGUCGGUGUGCCAUUAUGUCUCGCUGCAUUGUGCUCCUACCCAUUACAGACCCAGGGAGUGUUAUCAUUUCCCUAGCAGGAACCAUUUGCUGUCUGGCAACAUGCAGCCUUCCCAUGCCUGGCUGCGCCUAGCUCUUCCUUCUUAGAUCUAAAGCGACUUCACCUCCGUCAAGCGGCUCCUCCAUCAGGCUUAGCUCUCCAAGACCCCACUACUAACGCAGAGGUCAGGACCUGUCAGAAGGGAGCUCCACAUGCACCAGGCCUAGAAAAUGUUUGCUUCAGAAGAGCAAGGGCUGUUUCUUGGAGAUACGGAGAACAGCUAAAGUAGCCCAGGACCUCUCCUACAGGUUUAUAGGGUUUGGGGGUUCAUACUCUUUUAAAAACAGCUAGGCACCAAGUUCCACCUGCUCCAAUGUGCUUCCACUGUCCAGAGAAAAGAGCUAAAGCUUCAGAAUGUGCUUCAGAAGCAAUUUAAUAACAUUUUUCUAAUAAAUGAACAAAUAAA